CACCAUGAAGCUGUGUGUGAUCAUCCCACUGUGUGCUCUGAUCACUCUCACCCAACAGGCGCCGACACAGGAUCAGUGUUUGUGUGAUUUGACUAACUCAGAAAAGGCGUUUCCACACGACAAACUCAGCACAGUGGAAGACAAUGCAUCCAAAUGUAACAGCAACAUCACUCCAAAGAAGACUCUGGAGCUGGAAAGUUUGAUGCUUGGUUUGGAGCGGCGUUUGCCCCAAAUGGAGAAAGAUCUAUCCGUUCUGGAGAGGGAGGAUGAUGGUGAACUGUAUGGAGUUCUCAGCCUGCUGGUGAUAGAGAAUGAACUCACUGAGAUCAAGCAGCUCAUGGACAAGCUCAACAUGACCAGCCGGAGACACCAGCACCUCACCACUGACACCACGGAACAGCUGGAGGACUUGAGAGUGAAGAUGGCAGAGCUGCAGGAGUACGACACCCUGCAGGUGGUGAAGAGACAACAAGCUAACCAGCGUCUGAAGAGAGACCUGGACCAGUGCAAGAAUGAACAUCACCCCACUCCCCAUCCCACUCAGCCCCCACAAGGUAUCUGUCCCCACGGCAAGUUUGUGAACAUUACUGGCCCCGGGGUCUACACAGCAGGAGAGUAUCCAGGCUCCUACAAGUACGGAGCUUGGGGUCGUGAUCCCAAACCAGCGGUAGGAAAGGAGAACUGGUACUGGCUGGUAAUGUUGACCUCCAGCAACAGAUACUCCAACUACGUCCGUCUCUACUCCAGCCUGAGCUCUCUGAUUGUCGGAGUAAGCGUCCCAGGUAAUGUACAGAUCCACUCAUCUAACCCAACUACCAACACUGUCCAGGGACCAAAUGUUGUGCUGUAUGGAGAUGCCUUGUACUACAACUGUUACAACAAGUAUGAUGUCUGUCGAUUCAACCUCUCCACCAAAACUGUUACAACCAUGCAGUUACCCAAAGGCACCAGAUUUAACUCCAAAGGUAACUUCUGCCAUCUUGAUGAGUGCUACCUAUAUACUGACCUGGACCUGGCAACAGAUGAGUCUGGUGUUUGGGUGAUCUACACCACGUCCCAGGACUUUGGCAACCUGGUUCUAUCUAAGGUAGAAGAAGGUGAGCAACCCAAGCUCAACCAAACCUGGCACACCUCAGUCUACAAGCAGGCAGUGACCAACACUUUCAUGGCCUGUGGCGUGCUCUAUGCCACGCGCUACGUCAACAAAGAAGUGGAGGAGAUCUUCUAUUCGUUUGACACCUCGACAGGGGUGGAGAAGUUCGACAUUGGUAUCUUCAUCAGGAAGAUGUCUCCCAACAUUUACUCCCUGAACUACAGCCCUGUGGACCAGAUGCUGCAUGCCUACUGUGACUCCUUCAUGGUCUCCUAUGAAGUUUUGUUUGAGUAAAUGGGGAUCAUGAACAUCAACCUGUAAAAUCCAUUAUUGAUAUCAUGUCACAAACAAUAGCAUGAACAAGUAACAAUAAAUAAACAAAUAAAGA